AUGGGAAAAAGGUACUUGAUGAAUGUAACAUUUGAGGGUCGGAACCUUUCAUUUAGUGAAGAUGGAUACCAGAUGCAUCCUAAACUGGUCGUUAUUUUACUCAACCAGGAAAGGAAGUGGGAAAAGGUUGGAAAGUACAAGGAUCGUAGUCUUCAAAUGAAGUAUUAUGUGUGGCCAGUAUUUGACCUGUACCCAAACUCCGAGGAACAUAAAGAUGAGCAUCUGAGCAUAGUAACAUUAGAGGAAGCUCCUUUUGUUAUUGUCGAAGAUGUUGAUCCGUUAAGUGGAACCUGCAUGAGGAACACUGUUCCCUGUCGCAAGCAAAUACGUAUAGACUUCUCUACCCUGGAUGAAGUUCACAUGAUCAUUAUGCACAAUAGAAGGAAGCUGAGGGGCCAAACGGUCAGCAAUAAGUUUAGAAUACAUUUUUAUAUUGCCAUUAAGAAGGGAGAUCUGCCUAUAGAUGCUGCAAAGAGAAGAGUCCUUUCCAGGUUUGAGAAAGACCAUGAUGGUUUCCUCCAACAUCUCCGCCAGCAAGGGAUGAGAUUCAUCCACCAAAAUAAAAGUGCGGUGUGA